ACAAAUAUUUUGACAGCCGUAAACGCAACCGAUUUCACUUGCUAAUUUCUGCAAAUGAUGUCGAGAAAUUCGUUCAAUUAAUAUAAAUAUCAUUUAAAAUCUUAAGCGGUGUUCAUUCCUUUCUAAUUACUAGUUGCCCCACCGAUUUUUCGUUUUCUACUAACUUUAUAACGUCUCACAAGUUAACCUAUAUUUUUUGUGAAUUUUUAUGUUUUUACUCGUGUUCACUAGUAUAUUUGAUGCCAAUUUUCGUUUAAAAGUGGCUUUCAAUCGUUAAUAUUUGUAACUAGUGCCUGUGAAGUGAGAAUUAAAUAUAUUUUUGACGCGGUAACGUAGUGAAAUUCAACAUGAGUUACAAUAGUUUUUUGUCGCCGAAAUUGAUGGCGGGCGCUGCUUUAGUUGGCCUGGUGGGAGCCGCCGGCGUCUUCAUUUACGAACAAGUUUAUGCUGAGAAAAGGAGGGCUAUGUUAGUAAGCGAAGUCCAGAGGUUAGACAGACAGAUGUCCUCCAUGCGGAAAGAGCUAGAGGCACUAAGGGAACUACAGAAAGAAACGCAGCUGAAACGCGCGGCGCGACAGAAGCGCGUGCGCAAGACCAAGAUGGCGGGCGGCGACACCGUGGACGCCGCCGAGCCCAGCUACGCUUCCGACUCGGAGUAUUUUACGGACUAUCAGUCUAUUGUGGGGACGGAUGGUGAGCUGGACAGCGAGGAGUUCUAUGAUGUACACACAGACGAGAGUGACGACACCCUGAAGGAGACCAGGAACGGACACGCGGGGCCAUCAGACUUAGAUGAGGAUUUAUCAGACAGAGCUGAUGUAUCACCAAAAUCAUCGCCAAGGAAAACGACAUAGCUGGUACACGACAGACGUUAGUUUGGUCAUAAAGGUAGCAUAGACAAUAUGGUGCGACGUUUGGGUAUGGGACUGCACUGUAGAUGUAGGUAGUAAUAUGGUGUUGAUUGUUAUAUUAUUAUACAUUAUAUGUAAACUGUAUUGUAACCGCAGACUAUACUAAAAUCAAAGGUUCGCUGCCAAUAAAACGUGGAAGCAGGACGCCUAUAGAUGCGCUCUCUUUUGCACUUACGAGGCUUACGGGCGACAGUGACGUACCACUGUCGUGUCGAUAGUAAUAAUAUAAAAAGGAAAUAUUGCACACGACGCGUCCAUCCCUAGCGCACCGAUGAUUUAUGAAAUGAAAAUCAUCAUCAUCAGCCCAUUAACGUCCCCACUGCUGGGGCACGGGCCUUCCCUGUGGAUGGAUAGGGAGAUCGGGCCUUAAACCACCACGCGGGCCCAGUGCGGAUUGGUGGUUAUUAACGACUGCUAAUGCAGCCGGGACCAACGGCUUAACGUGCCUUCCGAAGCACGGAGGAGCUCGAGAUGAAAACUUUUUUUUGUGGUCACCCAUCCUAUGGCCGGCCUUUGCGAAAGUUGCUUUACUUCAACAAUCGCAGACCGAGCGCGUUUACCGCUGCGCCACCGAGCUCCUCUAAAUAUGAAAAUAAAUGAAAUGAAAUAUUUUAUUUCGGAUAUUUAUCCAUAUUUUGUUAGUAACAGAAUAUUAUAUCUAAGUUAGUAAAAUUUAUAAUUUUCAUUGGAUGUCACAUACAUGUACAGCCAGUGGGUGAGGAUGGGACUGUCCAUCGUUUGUGAGACCUUCAGGAGACUGUUGCGGCUGCUCGGCACUCGCUCCCACAGAGAAGCCACACGCUUGCGUAGAACAGCCUGGAAGCCAUCAGUGCUCCAAGAUGCGAACAUCCCCGAGGCACUGCAGCGCCAGGGCAGCCCCAACAUCCCCCUGAAGGCGUUGUUAUAUUAAACGCGCAGACCACUGAGGCCUCAAACUGGGUGACAGCGGCAGCGGCGCGACGCGUUCAAAUGCUAAGAUUUAUAUUGAAGUGUUCUCGAUGGCAGCGGCGCGGGGAGCGGGGUACGAGCGCCGCUCUAGUCGAGCGGUGUCUCUGCGUUUGAAAGUUGCCUUUUUGUUUCCUUUGUUCAUUAUAGGGAUUCAGAUCUACUUUUGCCCAUAAUAAAUCGUACGAAACAAAAGAACUGCAAUCAAAAAUGCGUUGUCGCCGUUUCGACAUCGCGUUCAUUUGAGACACAAAUCUAUACCGCCGCAACACCGCGCGAUCUGCCCGCUGGCAUCGAGAACAGAACAGCGGCCGCCGCGCCGCUCCCCGCGCCGCGAUCGCCGCCGCGCCGCCGCCGCUGUCAUCCAGUUUGAGCCCUGAAGGUCUUUUAUGGCAGCGAGCGUUUGAUUUUAGUACAGGCGGAUGUUCGUUGGCGAAUGAUAGAUGGAAAAUGUAAGGGUUAUGUUAGAGCAAUCUUUGGUUCUUCUUCUUAUCGUGUGGGUUAUGAGGUGGAUUACCUCAUCAACCACGGUGUCAGGGUUGUUACUGAGCCGCCAAAGGCCCAAUAAAAGACGAAAUUUGUGGUUUAAUUUUUACCCGGAUUAAAGAAUCGCGUCAAAAUGUGAUUUUGCAUAACGGCACUUAAUUGGUACUAUGAGGCGGCUACGUUAUAGCCUUUACAUGCCCCUUUGCUCAGCACAAGCCCAAUUUCCCACCGGGGUAGGCAGAGACUAUGGAAUUCCAUUUGCUACGAUCCUGAUACACUUCUCUUGCUUCCUCCACAUUCAUCAAUCGUUUCAUACACGUACGCCGGCGUUCGUGUAGCUGUGAUCGAAAUUAUUUUUGUCAUAGAUAAACUAAACUAGAUGAGCGAAACCGCCAUUUUACGCAAUCUGACAUUUUGCGUUUCUGACAUUUUGCGAAGGAAACUGUCUUUUUGCGAAUCUGUCAUUCUGCGAAACCAGCAUUUUACGCCAUCUGACAUUUUGCGAAUCUGUCAUUUUGCGAAUCUGUCAUUUUGAGAAACUGUCUUUUUGCGAAUCUGUCAUUCUGCGAAACCGGCAAUUUACGCCAUCUGACAUUUUGUGAAUCUGUCAUUUUGCGUUUUUGUCAUUAUGCGCCUAAACCACCUUUUUGCCACGACUUGAACCACUAUUGACUUUAUUGUUUAUAGGUCUCGAGAACUUACAACAACAAAAAAUGUUACAAACAAUAAAAAAUGUUAUAAAUCCUUCCUAUUUUCUUCAGGUCUACUCUACACUUACGCCAUCUACCUAAUGUCGCUACAGUCCCAACACCCUUAAUCUGUUCCAUGUAAGCUCUUCUUAGUCUUCCCCUUCCUUUCUCCUUGUAAAACUAUGCUUAAUAAAAUUAAAAUCAUUCGCGAGCGAACGUCCGCGCAAUCUGCGGGUACAAAACUUAUAGCUCAAUACGAUGGUAGACAUUUGUAAAGUUUAAUAAUAUAGUGAAGACAUUAAUAUUACGACGACGGAUAGAAAUUGAACUGGGGGCACGGCAGUGUCGCCGCCAAGUCUAGCAAAAACAGCACGCCGUAUCAUCGUUUUCUUAAAGCCAGUCGUGGCAUUUUCAAUCCCGUGUAAUUUCAUUCUAUAAAUUGUUAAAGUCAUGAGCAAUAUCAUGAACCCACUUUAGAACCCUGUCGCACUAACAUAUUUUGUCAUUUAAUGAGACUUACGGUAUAAUACAUAAGUUCAUAUAUAACGGCCUCUGUAGUCCAGUGGUUGAGCGUUGGACUCACGAUCCGGAGGCCCCGGGUUCGAAUCCCGGUGGGGACAUAUCACAAAAACCACUUUGUGAUCCCUAGUUUGGUUAGGACAUUACAGCUUCGGAAGGCACGUUAAGCCGUUGGUCCCGGUUACUAAGUACUUAGUGAUGUAAGUAAGUAGUCGUUACAUGAGCCAUGUCAGGGGCCUUCGGCGGCUCAAAUACACCUCACAACCCACACGAUAGAAGAAGUUACUAAAAGUCAAAAGCACGGUAAUACUAUCAUACAGUAUUGUAACUCGGCCGUGUCCUUGAAAUAAAUGCCUACACCCGCGCGGUACGUAAACAUGCGAUAGGGCUGCCCACCUACAGAAUUUUAAUUACAUCUGCCUACUUUGAGUUUCUAUCUAGUUUUGUGAUUGUAAAUUAUGAUUUUUUAUUUAAACAAAUAAAAUACUUUGUAAUUGGAAUAGGAAGUGUUUAAUAAAAAUGCAUGUUUUUUUUAUUCUUAGUUUUAAUUUAAAAAAUAUAUGUUUGUCUUAUAAAUUUGCGACCGAAAAAUAUUUGCGCCUGAAAUGAGUUCAUGCAACCAAAUACAGCACAAUAUGUCCUACUCGUCAUAUUAAAUAUGCACUUGUACUUAUUUUAACUUUAAGUUUAAUGAAAAAUCGCGCGGUUAUCUUUUAAAAUACAACACACCGUCCGUUCGUCACUGUGCGACAUUCGCGACUGGUUGCAUGCCGAGCGCAUGCUGAGAUCCGAGCACGUAGGUAUAACUCGCGUUUCACCCGUUUGUAUGGAGUUGGAAUACUGUAUGAUAGUAUUACCGUGUCAAAAGUAUGAAUAUAGAACUCAUGAAUUAUUAAUUAUAACUUGACAUAAUGAAAUGGGCAUUACUUAGAAAUAACAUCACGUCUGUAUCUUUGAAGGGGUAAGCAGAGGAACACAACUUUAUAAACAACUUUUUUAAACAUUAAUUUAAAUUCGUAUAAAAAUAUGAGUACUCAUAAUAUUAAUUUUAAUAAUACAAAUUCAUUUUCUGCCCUGGCAACAUUGGUUUUAAUCGACGAUUUGGAUCAGUGUUGCCAUUUUAGAAAUGUAAAGUAUUUAAAAUGCAGAAUGGGUAUGAAAUAAUUAAGUUUGAGUGUUACGAAAAGUUGUUUUGUUUAUGGCUUCAAAAAGGGAACUUAGAUGGAGAGGAACGAGUGUAUACCUCUGCCUACCCCUUCGGGGAUAGGGGCGUGAUUUUUUUUUAGAAAGCGAAAUAGGCGGCCUUAUUCCUAAGUAGUCUUCCAUAAAAACUUGAUCUAACUUUAUAUACCUCACAUACCGGCCUUAGGCUUCAUACAUACAUAAACUCACGCCUAUUUCCCACCGGGGUAAGCAGAGACUAUAGAAUUCCAUUUGCUUCGAUCCUGACACACUUCUCUUGCUUCCUCCACAUUCAUCAAUCGCUUCAUACACGCACGCCGGUUCAGAGUAGAUCGUAUUAAACCUUUUCUAAGGACAUCUCCAAUUUGGUCAAUGUCAGUCCUUCUCGGUCUUAGGCUUCAUAAUAUAACAUGACCCACUGCUGGGCACAGCCCCCCUCAAUCAACCGAAGGGGGUAUGGAGCAUACUUCACCACGCUGCUCCAGUGCAGGUUGCUGGAGGUGUUUGGGCUACUAGCCCGGGACCAACGGCUUAACCUGCCUUCCGAAGCACGGAACCUACCGAAUCUUGCUUUUUCGGACAAUCACGCGAUUCAGCCUGCAUCGACUAGCUAAACAAAAGACAGUCUCAUAAAGUGAUUUUCGACAAUGUCCCCAUCGGGAAUCGAACCCGGACCUGAUUAACUAUUAAUGUUCAAAUACAAGCACUACUUAUUAAUUACACAGUAGCAUUUCAACUCGAAUUUUCCAUAAUAAAGGACUAUCUACUUAUUUGGGUGAUCAGCUAAUACCCCGGCUGGGGUUCAACAUUAUAUUAUCUGUCCACCCUGUUAGGGAUUACGAACGUGUCUAUAUAAUGACUGUGAAUUUAUGACAUUCCUAAUUAAAACACAUAAUAACGGGUUCUUACCGCGGGAUGACGUUCAUACCGUGAUCAUGGCACUUGCAACAGUGUCGAAAUAUCGGGAGUCUCAUAUCCCUUUAAACGCGGUAAGAACCCGUUAUUAUGUGUUUUAAUUAUGAUAUUGGUGUUAUUCCUGUAUACACCAUCUAAUUUUAUUUUAAGUUAUAUCUGUCAUUUUCUUAUCAGCCGAAAAGGAAAGGGAAGGGUAAUCGACAAGCAUAAAAUUUAUGGAACACACCUCAAUUUUAAGCACAAAUCUAAAACAACCGAAAUAAAAAUUGUGUUGACAGCACACGUCAAACGGUUUGCAUACCAGCGAUACCUUUUUGAUUUGCUCGGGUUAUUCAUUCAUUUACUCAUUCUUCCUAAAAUUAAGAGCUGUCAAUCAUCCGUCCCUUUCCUUUUCGGUGGAUAAGAAAAUGACAGGUAUAAUUUAAAGUAAAAUUAGGUGUCUGCAGGAAUCGGGGUCAAUAACCGCGAAAACUUAAAACAUUGUGACAUUCCUUGUUAUUUUGGCAUUUAUAAUGAUAAUUAUUACUUUAUGGUGACUUUUAUUAAUAGUUGACAUAACAUAACAAUAUAAACUCACGACUAUAUCGCAAUAGGGGUAGCCAGAGAUACAUCUACAGCAAUAUGAACUAAGUACCCACAGCUCACCGAGCUUUUCUGUUAGGCCAACGUGAUAGGUGGUGAGCCGUAUCGCCGUCUAUAAUGGUUGAGCCAACUAUGUAAAUUUUUGUGUAAUUUGUAAAGGGUUGUCCACACUAAUACCAUUUCACUGUGGACAUCCCUUAAUUAGACUAAUUAUGUAGGUAUAUUGAUGCCGAUUCCAGAACACACCAAGUUUAUUUUAAGUUAUACCUGUCAUUUUCUUAUCAACCGCAAAGGAAAGGGACGGAUAAUCGACAGGCAUAUUAUGGAACACACGUAAAUUUUAGACAGAAAUUAAAAAUACCCUUCCGAAAUUCGAUACAGGCCAAAAACCCGACAGAAUUAAGUUGACAGCACACGUUAAACAAAUUGUAUUUGAUUUGGGUUAUUCAUUCAUCUUAAAAUUAACAGUUGUCAAUCACCCGUCCCUUUCCUUUUCGGCGGAUAAGAAAAUGACAGGUGUAACUUAAAAUAAAAUUAGGUGUCUGCUGGGAUCGGGGCCCGAUGUUUUAUAAUCGUUGACAUGAAAUAUUGUAGAAAGAAAGUAAUUUGUUCUCACUUUAUUAAGGGAAAAUAACGAUUUAAUGAAUCGCUCCCCAUGUGUCCGGCCAUGUAGUGAAUGCCAUGGGACUCAAUAGUCAGCGUCGUGCCAAUUAGGAGUUGAAGUGGUCGCCAUGGCCGAAAUCGGUCGGAGAGCUCAUCAUCAUAAUAAUUAUUAUGGUGCGUUGUGUCUUCGUUUUCUCAGCGCAAAAUGCUCGAAAUAUAAUAAUGAAAUAAUGUUGUUAAUGGUACAUUAGAUUAUAGGCAUUUAUUUUUUCUGGGAUAUUCUGCUGGUAUUUAUUUUGUUAUGAAAUAAUAAAAAUAUAAUUUUUCAACAAUAUAA